CUACUAAUAAGCUACUUAUGUAGUUAUGUUGUAAGAGAUCAGUGUUCAAGUUUAAUGUAUUCUUUGCAAGUACUUAUUCAACUUGUCUUUUUAACUAUUCAAUCGGUAUUGGUGUGUCUGAAGACGUUUGAUGGAAUGCCAACCUGGGAGUCACCAAGUUAUAAGAUAUAUUCCACUUCCUGUGGUUAGCUUUGCACAACCGCCUAAUGACUAAUAGCGAGAGGAAAAGAAGAAAGAUCAGCGAUGGAGAUACCUGCGUGCUUUGCAACUCGGAGCCUGAGACCACAGAACACAUCAUCCGCCACUGCCCAUCUUCUACCCAGGGUUUGGCUUAAGCUAGGCUUUCGUGAUAAUAGCCUUACUGUGGGUUUGAAUUUUGCAGAGUGGAUGGCAAAGCAGCUCAGGAAUCCAGACACCGGUCUGCUAUUUGGAGUGGCGGCUUGGUACCUCUGGAAACGUCGUAACGAGAAGAUAUUCCAACACAAGUGGCAGGAGGCGUCUACUCUUGCAGAAAGGAUCAGUUGCUGGACUCAAACCAUCUCUGCUGCCUUGGAGAGCAACGGCAAAGCUCUCGACAAUCACACUAACAAGUCGGCCGUGGAUCUUGCGUGGCAACCUCCACCCCCAGGCUGGGUGGCAGUUAACACCGAUGGCUCGGUUAAACAACCCAACUCUCAAGCGGCAGCUGGAGGUAUUAUUCGUGAUCAUCUAGGGCGAUGCUUGGGAGCCUUUUCGUCCAAUCUGGGUUCGUGCACGAUCACUAGAGCUGAGCUUAUGGGAGCUGCGCAAGGUCUAAAGCUCGCUUGGGAUCAGGGCCAUCGACGGGUUCAACUUAGGCUCGACUCGAGAACUGCGCUCAACAUCAUCAACUCAACAGACUCGGCGACCCACAGGUACCAUAUCUUGGCCCGAGAGAUACAAAAGCUGCUUCAGCAAAACUGGGAAGUUGUCACUUCUCACACCUUCAGAGAAUGUAAUAAGUCGGCCGAUUUUUUAGCCAAUAAAGGGCAGACUGUUAGCAUAGGUUUUCAUUUAGUAGAUUCCCUCGAUCCAGGUCUUCGUUUCUGGACUUUGUAUGAUUCCUUGGGCAUUGCCCAAUCUCGUUUAAUCUAGUGCCAGGCAGGGACGCCCUUUUAGCGUCCCAUUUUUUACCAAAAAAAAAAGUUAUAAGAUAUAUUUGAUGACUAAGUUGUUACUCAUAGAGAUAUCAACUUAGACUCUACCUACUUAUGCAAUUUGAGCUAGUUCAUUUUGAUUAGGUAUGGCACAAUCCAAAAAUUUCCAAUUCAAAUGCAUUUAUAAAUCAUGUACUGUAGAGAUGUCUCGAGAAUAAGAAAGAUACAAGCAU